AUGGUAGAGGGCGAGAUGAAACUAGAGGAUUAUGUCCUCGGCAGCGACCCCUACCGCACCACCUCUCUCCCUUCUGGCUGGCCAUACCCUCUCAGCCUAAAAGAUGCCCCUCAUUUCCGCGCGCGGAUCAACACCAUCUACACAGACAUAAAGGAACUUCUCAGCGCAGAGGGUCUCAACGAAACAUUCAUUCCAUACGAGGCCACGAAACCAGGGCAUCCAGAGGGAAUAUCCCCCAGAAUCUCCUACGGGUCUAUCUACAAAAGCCCGAUUACACACCCGAGCAAGUAA